CGUCGAAAGUGAGAUCUAACAAUAAGUUGAAAAUCAGCCAAAGAUAUUUAACGUGACGAGUUUUCGUGUGUACGAAAAAAAAUUUCAGACAUCAGCGCCUCUGGUGAGUUGCGCAACAGCCGUAAGUUGAGCAGCAUUGUAACUUUUGGCGCCAAUUGACUAUAAGGCGCUAUAUAUUCCAUUUCUGAAACAAUUACUCCGCGAAAUUAUGCCGCCAAGGAGAGCAACAAAACGACCAGCUCAAACUCCUGCAAAAACCCGGGAGCCGAAACAGAUAAAGAAGAAACAAGAAUUGGUUGUGAAACCUGAUUUACGGCAAUCGGCGAUUGGCGGCUUAUUAUUAGUAUUUGGACAAGGCGAUGUUGGGCAGCUUGGUUUAGGAGAAGAAAUUGUUGAAAAAACACGUCCAGCAGUUGUUCCUGGAUAUCAAGAUAUCAUAGCUAUAGCAGCUGGUGGUAUGCACAAUGUGUGCCUGAGACAAACAGGAAGUGUAUUAACAUUUGGAUGCAAUGACGAAGGAGCACUGGGACGCGAUACAUCUAAAGAUGGUUCUGAAACUGAACCAGGUUCUGUUGAUUUACCUGGCAAAGCCAUUCAGGUGACAGCUGGGGAUUCUCACAGUGCUGCUUUAUUAGAAGAUGGACGAGUAUUUGCAUGGGGUUCUUUUAGGGAUUCUCAUGGUACUAUGGGUCUGACUUUAAAAGGAAAUGAACGGUUUCCAAUAGAAAUAUUGCCUAAUGUAAAGAUAGUUAAAAUAGCAUCUGGUGCUGAUCAUUUAGUGUUGCUUGAUAAAAAUGGUCAUAUCUACACAUGUGGAUGUGGAGAACAAGGUCAACUAGGACGAGUAGCUGCUAGAGCAGCCAGUAGAAAUACCCGUCAUGGUAUGAGCCCAUUAUUAACUCCUGGUUUAGUUGAAUUUAAAGUUACCAAAAAAUUAGAAUUUGAUGACAUUUGGGCUGGAACAUAUUGUACAUUUGCUAAAGAAUAUCAGAAAGGAGAUAUAUAUGUAUUUGGAUUAAAUAAUUAUUAUCAAAUUGGUUUAAAAGAUCCUGUUACUCAUUUUCACCCACAAAUUUCAAAAACCUUUAGUGGAAAGAUAUGGAGACACAUUAGUAGUGGGCAACAUCACACAAUUGCUUUAGAUGAUUCUGGUCAAGUAUAUGUUAUGGGCCGUAAAGAAUAUGGUCGUCUUGGACUUGGAUCUAAUUGUUUUGACGCAAAAGAAUUAACACUAGUUCCUAGUUUAAGUUCCUUUAAGUGUGUUGACAUUGCGGCAGGCAGUGCACAAUCUUUUGCUGUUACUGAAUUAGGAGAUUUAUAUUCAUGGGGUAUGGGUUCAAGUGGCCAGCUAGGUACAGGAGAAGAAGAAGAUGUUGAAAUACCUACAUUAGUCAAAGGAAAGCAGUUGGAGGGAAAAACUAUAAUACGAGUUGCAGGUGGAGGUCAGCAUACACUAGUAUUAGGAACAAUUCAUCCUAUGAAAGAAAAAACUGCUGGUUAACGAUAAAUUAAAUUAAAUUGAAAACUGAAGUGUUUUAUACGCGUAUGUGAUAACAAUUUGGACAACGAAAGAAGAAAGAAUUUUCAUUCUCCUUAAACGAAAAUUGCAAUGAAGGAGAAAAUACGAAAAUUACUUUUCACGGUAUAAUAUACCGUAAUACAACAUCUAUUAUUGCAAAUAAUUGGAUAUGAAUAUAAUACUUAAAUUUGUACAUAAUUUUUCAUGCUACCAAAAAUAUCAUUUUGUUCAUGAUUGAUAUAUCGACUGAUUUUUUGAUUGCAUUAUUUUUUUUUUACUUGAUUAUGUAUUACAAUGAAAUAAACAUUUUUCUACUUCUGAA